AUUUCUGAAUUUAUAAAAAAAAUCACACAAAUUAAACACCCAUAAAAAGCUUCUCUUGGUUUGAAUAAUAUUUGAUUAUUAAUAAUUAACCAUAUAUAAUAUGUUUCCUCUUUGAGGUUUCUAUAUAUUAUAUUUAUUUCUCCCACUGAAUUCAUCUUCCCGGCCAUAAUUGGACUGAAAAUGGCUUCCAGAAGGAUUUUGAAAGAGCUUAGAGACCUGCAAAGAGACCCUCCCACUUCAUGCAGUGCAGGACCUAUAGGUCAAGAUAUAUAUAAUUGGCAAGCAACCAUUAUUGGUCCAAAUGACAGUCCCUAUGCCGGUGGUGUUUUCCAAGUGGCCAUCAAUUUCCCUCCAGAUUACCCUUUUAAACCCCCCAAGGUUGCCUUCAGGACCAAAGUACUCCAUCCAAACAUAAACAACAAUGGGAACAUUUGUUUAGACAUCCUCAAGGAUCAAUGGAGUCCAGCACUUACCAUUUCCAAGGUUUUACUUUCGAUAUGUUCACUGCUGACAGAUCCAAAUGCGGACGAUCCUCUCGUCCCCGAAAUAGCUCAAAUGUACAGGACUGACAAGUCGAAGUAUGAAGCCAUGGCUCGUGGCUGGACCCAAAAAUAUGCGAUGAGUUGAUUAUCUAAAGAGUCUUUGGGGAGGUUAAAGAAGGUUCAAAUAAGGUACAAAGAUGCUAGGAAAGUGGGAGACAAGAACUCUAAUAAAACUUGGUAAUUGGAUUUGAAUAGGCUUCAUGGUUUGUGUCCAAUAUUUUCAAUAAUGCAUGUGGUUGAAUCAAAACUUGAAUAUCAUGUGAAAUAGAACUAUACUUUAAUGUUCUUACCAUUACAUGGAGUUUGUUUGCCACUAGAUUCAAAUUACAUUUUCCUAUGAAAUAAAAGAUGUUUGCUUUC